AUGCCUUCUCCCUCCAACCACCAAAUUGAUACUCUCGUCAAACCCGCCUUUGAAAUUUCUCAUUUCGACGAGCCGAAGACACUAUUUGGGCUGCUACAGCGUGCGGCAGACCUUUGGUCGAACAAUGGUAUUGCAUUUAAAGAUCAAGGUUGGGAUCGGAAGUCUGAUUUCAUGACGUAUGCGGACCUCCUUACUGAGGCAAAGUCUAAUGCGGCCAAACUCUUGGCGCACGGGGCUGUUGCACCGCAUCAGUGCACAGUGCUUUACUUCGACUCACAUCGCAACAACACAAUUUGGUUCUGGUCUACCGUAAUGGCAGGCGGCGUACCUGCAAUGCUGUCUUCAUUAUCAAGCAACGACAUCACUCUUGCUGGCGAGCUUGACAAUGUCAACAAGCUCUUCAACAGCCCUACUGUCUUGACUGCCAAGCAUUUGGCAAAGCCAUUCCGGCUAGUCACAUGCCUAAACACAAUAACUGUGGAGGUUGUUGCAACGGUAAAAAUUGAAGACGCCAUUGAACAGAUGACAAUCACUGCGCCGGAUGGCCGUGAAGAUGAAUUAGCAGCGGUACUGUUUACCAGUGGCAGCACAGGGUUUGCGAAAGGGGUUGAGUAUACUCACUCACAGCUGGUGGUUUCUAGCAAGUUAAAAUGCCAAUUCCAUCGUAUGGACUCCAGUAAGAUUUUCAUGUCUUGGGUCAGUUUCGAUCAUAGUGCCGCUCUUUGCGAGAACCACCUUCACGCUCUCUACGCUGGAGCAAACCAAGUCAUGAUCCCAGCCAUUGACUUUGUACAAAGCCCCGUCCGUUUCUGGAAAGCACUAAGCAAGCAUCACAUCUCGUAUACAUUUGCCCCUAACUUUUUCAUUGCCACCGCAGUUCGCGCACUAAACUUGAUGCAGCCCUGCGAAAGGGAGCAGAUAAGUCUUGACUUCAGCGAGCUAUGCGUUAUCAUGUGUGGUGGUGAAGCGAACAAGGUCGCUACAAUUGAAGCCGCAGAAAAGAUUCUUAUGCAAUAUGGUGCGCCAAAAUGCAGCAUCAAAGCAAGCUAUGGGCUCAGUGAGACAUGCUCAGCUCUUUUUUACAACCUGGAUUCGCCGGCAUACGACACGAAACGAAGUUACGAGUUCGCAUCUGUUCGGAAGCAUCUGCCAGAUCACCAACUUCGUCUAGUAGACGAUAGUGGUAAAGUAAGCAGAAGAGGCGAACGUGGCGCAAUUCAGAUCAGGGGCCCGCUCAUCUUCAGACGCUAUUUCAACAACGAAUCGGCAACUUCCGCAUGUAUGACUGCGGAUGGAUGGUUCGAUACCGGAGAUAUUGGAACCUUAGAUGACGAAGACAAUCUGCUUAUUGUGGGCCGCACGAAAGAAGUGCUAAUCCUAAACGGCCAAAACUAUUCUUCGUUCGAGUUGGAGCAUGCUAUCGAAUCUGCCAACAUCCCCGGUUUGAACAAAAGCUUCACGGCAUCCUUCUCCAUCUGGAUGGAAAAGGCGAAGACGGACAGUGAGGAUAUUGUCAUACUGUUUAACCCCACCGAUGAUAACGUUAAGGAUACGCCUGAACUUCGCGACACUAUCGCUCAGAUCAACCAAGCUGUUAUUCGUUUCUGCCGUAAACGCCCAGUUGUGGUGAUUCCAUUACCAAAUCAGGAGCUCCCUAAAUCCACAAUCGGCAAACUAUCGCGUGCGAAGCUCAAGAAGUCGUUUCUUGCUGGUUCUUUCGAUCGUUUCAAGCUAGCAAACCGUCCCCCACCAUCGAUCAAUCAAAAAGGAGCUGGUCUUACAACCCCACUACAGAAGAUCUUGGGAGCUAUACUAUGCGACGAAACCGGUUCGUCGCAGUCUCAGCUCUACCUUGGAACAGCUCUUGCAGACCUUGGUAUUGAUAGCUUGGGAUUCCUCCGCAUCAAGUCCUCGCUUGAAAAGACCCUAGAGCGCGAGGAAUCGAUCUCAAUGUCGCUUCUGCUGGCUUGCCGGACUAUUGGGGAUAUGGACAAUAUGCUUUUGUCGCUCGGCACCACAACAGCUGAGUACGAUCCAAUUGUUCCCCUGGUCACGAGCGGCUCAAAAGCCCCAAUCAUUCUUUGCCAUCCUGGCGGCGGCGAGUUUCUCACUUGGCUCAUCCUCCUGAAGUACAUUUUGGAUCGUCCAGUCUAUGCACUACGUGUGCGCGGCUUUCACAAGAACGAGACACCAUUUGAAACAUUGGAUGAGAUGCUGGAAACAUACAUCAAUGCAAUCAGGAAGCAUCAGCCAAAGGGUCCCUACUUGUUGCUCGGCUUGUGUUUCGGCGGCAUGCUAUCCUUUGAGCUAGGAAAGCGACUCGAAGCAGCAGGAGAGCAGGUAGCCUUCUGUGGCGGCAUCGACAAUCCCGCCGACCUGACACGAAUUCAGGUCCGCGCGCAGCCCCGAAACUUUAUCAUCGAUCUGCUCCACUUCUUCCAGCUCAUACCACUCGAAACAGCGCUGCAGUGGGAGAUAGAGAUGGAGCAUGUUGAAGACGAGAAUUUCACAAAAGAGAUCUUCGCCCGUUUUCCUGAUGGAACUCUUGAGAAUCUAGACCUCAGUGUCCCAAAAGUGGAGGCCUGGCAGCGCAUCAAUUGCAACAUGCAGGACAUCACUAGGUCCUACGUGCCAACAGGAUCCAUAUCGAAGUACGACAUCUUUUGGGUACCGCCGCUGCCACAAUAUGAAUGUACAGAUCAAGAAUGGCGUCAUGAUUGGCUAUCAACGUGGAAGAACCACAUAAUAGGUGCCAAACAGAGCGAUGUUGACAAAGAAGAUUCCCAAGGACCACUACGAUACCACCGUGUGGAAGGAACACAUUUCACUAUACUACGGCCAGAGAAUAUUGAGGUGUUCCAGCAGACACUUAACAAAGCAUUAGAGUCAAGGGGGUUAUAA